GGACGUCGUGUAGUAAGCGAAGGGGGCGGAGGCUGCAGCGCUCUGCUACGUCAGUGAGCAUCACCGAGGCGCACAGGACCUCGCGUUCAGGUACUCCGGGGUGACUCCCUGCACGGAAGAAAACGCGAUCACCGGUCACCCCUAAAACGCGCCGACUACCACCAAAGAAGGACCUGGUAUCAGGGAGCUGUCCGCGGUGCUGAAUUCAUCAGCUAACAGAAAAUCCCCGGUGCACACUCAUGUGCUUGGGCCUCUCCUGAUAGCUCCCAUUCCUAGCAGCAACUGACCACCACCUGCACAUCCAAGAUGGACGACGACGGGCGCUACAGAGACGGGCGCUCGGACUUUGUCCGCGGCGCCAAGGACAUUGCCAAAGUGGCCAAGAAACAGGUCGGCAAGAAGAUGGGGCGCGGCGUGGACAAAAUGACCGACGAGUACACCAAGCGCUCCUAUAAGCGCUUUGAGGAGGAAGAUGACGAUGAAGACUACGGCGGCGCGCCAAGCAGCAACAACGACGGGUAUUACCGCAACGACAGCCGGGCCAAUGACGACGAAGGUCACAGCGACUCCACCGAAGGACACGACGAGGACGAUGAGAUCUACGAAGGGGAGUACCAGGGCAUCCCGAGGGCCGACUCGGGCAAGGCCAGCGGCACGGACGGAGCGACGGACGCCCAGGCGCAGCAGUUCAGGGAUCUGUCGGCCUACGAGAGCGAGAGGAGGAAAGACCAGGAUGAGCUGGCCGAGCAGUACGAGACCAUCCUGCAGGAGUGCGGCCACGGGAAGUUCCAGUGGACGCUCUACUUUGUCCUCGGGCUGGCGUUGAUGGCGGACGGCGUGGAGAUCUUCGUGGUGGGCUUCGUGCUGCCCAGCGCAGAGAAGGACAUGUGUCUAUCUGAGCCCAACAAGGGCAUGCUGGGUCUGAUCGUGUACCUGGGGAUGAUGGUCGGGGCCUUCGUGUGGGGCUGCCUGGCCGACCGGAUUGGCCGACGGCAGACCCUCCUGAUCUCCCUCUCCAUCAACAGCGUGUUUGCCUUCUUCUCGUCCUUCGUCCAGGGCUACGUCUCCUUCCUGUUCUGCCGCCUGGCCUCUGGUGUGGGCAUCGGCGGCUCCAUCCCCAUCGUGUUCUCCUAUUACUCUGAGUUCCUGGCCCAGGAGAAGCGAGGAGAGCAUCUGAGCUGGCUCUGCAUGUUCUGGAUGAUCGGCGGUAUCUACGCCUCCGCCAUGGCCUGGGCCAUCAUCCCACACUACGGCUGGAGUUUCCAGAUGGGCUCGGCCUACCAAUUCCACAGCUGGCGUGUCUUUGUGUUGGUGUGUGCCUUACCCUCUGUGGCGGCCAUCUCUGCCCUCACCAUGAUGCCCGAGAGCCCACGCUUCUUCUUGGAGAACGGGAAGCACGACGAGGCGUGGAUGAUUCUGAAGCAGGUCCAUGACACCAACAUGAGGGCCAAGGGUUACCCAGAGAGGGUCUUCUCUGUGACCACCAUCAAGACAGUGAAGCAGAUGGAUGACCUGGUGAACUUGGGCGACGGUGCCGCCUGGCAUGAGAAAUGGAAGAUCAAGCUCACGACACUUUUCCGUCAGGUGUGGCGUAAUUUCCAGGCUGUCUUCUCCCCCGAGUACCGCCGCACCACCUACAUGAUGAUGGCCGUGUGGUUCUCCAUGUCCUUCAGCUACUACGGUCUGACGGUGUGGUUCCCCGACAUGAUCAAGUACCUGCAGAAGCAGGACUACGCCUCGCGCACCAAGUUCUUCGCCAAGGAGAAAGUGGAACACGUCACCUUUAACUUCACCCUGGAAAACCAGGUCCACCGGCAGGGAGAGUACUUCAACGACAAGUUUAUGAACCUGAAAAUGAGAUCCAUGGUGUUUGAGGACUCGCUGUUCGAGGAGUGUUACUUUGAAGACAUCACCUCCAGCAACACCUUCUUCAAGAACUGCACCUUCAUUGCCACCCUCUUCUACAACACAGAUCUCUUCAAGUACCGGUUGGUCAACUGCAAGCUCUUCAACAGCACCUUCCUGCACAACAAAGAAGGCUGCCUGCUGAGCGACGUGAGCGACGAGAACAACGCCUACAUGGUCUACUUCGUCAGCUUCCUGGGCACCUUGGCCGUGUUGCCGGGCAACAUCGUCUCGGCGCUGCUCAUGGACAAGAUCGGACGGCUGAGGAUGCUAGCGGGCUCCAGUGUGAUCUCCUGCAUCAGCUGUUUCUUCCUGUCCUUUGGCAACAGCGAGUCAGCCAUGAUUGCUCUGCUCUGCCUGUUCGGGGGGAUCAGCAUCGCUUCCUGGAACGCCCUGGAUGUGCUGACCGUGGAGCUCUACCCCUCUGACAAGAGAACCACGGCGUUUGGCUUCCUCAACGCCCUCUGUAAAUUAGCGGCUGUUUUAGGCAUAAGCAUCUUCACCUCCUUCGUCGGCAUCACCAAGGCUGUGCCCAUCCUCUUUGCCUCGGGGGCGCUGGCGGUGGGCAGCUUUCUGGCCCUCAAACUACCAGAGACGCGGGGUCAGGUGCUGAAAUAAUGUGGCGCCGACACCUUUCCAGAGGGGGAGGGGGGGGCAGAGGAGUUUUCACCACACUGUGAACGAACAGCUCAAGAGCCCUCCAAUUCCUUCCCUCGAACCCGUCUCUCAUAAACGCAGAAGAGCGACGCAGAUCUGCUGUACAUAUUUGGGAUUGGCGAUUAUUAGAUAUGCCUGAUUUAAAGGUUGAGCUGAGACAAAAGUAAGUAACAAAAAGUGAUAUUAACAUGUUCAGUGAGAGCAUGACAUUUCAUCCCCCUGGAAUAUAAAGGUACAUUUAGAUGUGGCCCCCCUAAUAUAAGUACAUACACCUGGGGUUGGAGGUCAGGGGAUCGGGGGGUUCUUGAUCAUGAGCCAUGACUUAUAGAAAUAACCACUAGCCCUUGUUGCAGAGUUCUCUGUCGUCACCUCUAUUCUUCAAAUUCAGCUCACCAUCAAGUCUUGAGUACUUUGCCAUUGUUGGACGUAGAAUAACAAAUGCGACAUUUUAUGCCUUGAUUUGAAGCAUUUUUGCCUUUGCUGGUCUUGGCAAAGACCCGUCCUCCUCCUUUAUCUCCUGAGGUCUCGUGUUGGUGUUCAGACUAACUGCCAUUUUAUAGAUUAUAGAACAUUCCAGGUUUUGCUUUUGCUAUUGUUAAGAGUGCGACGAGGAGACCGAUCGAGCCCCAUCUCCCUUUAAAGCGUUGUUUCCGAUCUCCUCCAAAAAGCAGUGAGAUCAUUCAAACCACUUUAUGGACACGUUCCCCGUGCCAAGUGGACAUUGUGUGCUGUCAUCAGGCGUUUUGUUCCAUUUAAAGCACAACCAUUUGCCGGCGUGAAUGCCCCUGAGUAGAUCCCUUUGUAAGAAAUGCCUUUUUAGUAGCUCUCCUCCCAGGCUCACAGUAUGUUCGUCUCCAAUGAUAUAUGUUUCGGAGGGUGUUAUGCAUGUCACAAAGUAUGUAUGUACAUUUAUGAAAACAGAGUACAAGGUGUAAACCGUGGACAAGUCUGCUCAAGAACCCAUAAUAUCUCUCCCACAAAAGACAGCACAGUCUUUCAGGGACGGCGUGAAGGUUGAUGAACCCGACCAAAGUCUCCCGUAGAGCAGCUCCACGACUACCGGGUCCCACUAGAGAGAUGACGGAUAAACUAUAAUCUAACUGUUUGUGUGAACUGAAUGUUUAUAUUAAUGUGAGCGUGCUUCUUAGUGCAAUAUUGAACCUCUGUGCAAUAUUGGGAUUUUUAUUUAUUUAUGUCUUUUACCAUUACAUAUUUGGCAAGCACUAUUCUGAUUUGUGAACGUUUGUGGGGUAGAUGUCUGUUAUUGAUAACUGAACACGGUGUGACAACAUACAGGACUUAAACUGUUUAUUGAUUUUGCUCUUGGAUGAAGACGGGCUGAUACGUUUGAUUUUAGCAUCAGUAGAGUCAACAUGAACAUUGUUGAAUAAUACUGCACCCAAAGUACAGUUGUAUUUUAAAUUCUGCCCUUGGGGAACAUAACGCGUUGAACAGUGAGCAUUAAUUGGGGAAAGGGGAGGGUUUUGAGUGCAUUGCAGAGUUGUGUUAACUUAUUAUACUAAUGUAGACGUGACACGAGAACUCACUGCUAAGGGCUGACACGUCACCGCCCCACAGAGCGUUGGCCAAUAUCAUCGCCACAUUGCCCCUGAUUUUAGAAAAGCAAGGGGGAUGUGUUCACAAUUGCAAGAUGAAAGAAAAGAAUCAUUAACAUGUCAGAUUAACAAAAAAGAUGUUGCCCAAACUGCCAUUUUGUAGGAUAGCAGCCAUACUGUAGACUCACGCCGGUUGAAUAACUAAAUGGACAACCCAUUGCACUAAAUGUACGCCGUACAUGCACAAUUGUGAACGAGUUCUUCAAGACACGACUGGAUGCAGCCUUGCUAGGGAUGUCGUGGAGAACAUGGUGGCGGUAGCAAGAGCACAAAGACCACAAAGACCACAAAGACCACAACCCACCAAGAACAGAAACAGGCGCUUCGAGCUCUGAGGACACGCCCCUUGCAUUUCGCUCCCUCCGCCUCACACUGAUCCAACUCCAAAUUUGACAUCCGACCCAUUAUGUUUGAGUGUGCCAUGAGUACCACCCUGUCAUUAAUUAUUGCCAAAUAUUUUGUAUGGCCUGAGUUUACACAUUACACCAUCGAUUCUCCGUUAUAGAUAUGAAUAUAUGUAAAUACAAGUACUUAUAAUGUAACUAAUAAGAUAGCUCUUCAAACCUUUUGACCCCCCUGGAAACAGAUGACUUAACCGGACUUAUGAUGGUGAUGCAGACUGUUCACAAGAGUCCAGGUGUGUUUUAAAUGAACCCAAAUGAACUAAAUGUGCCCAGAUUCCCUCCCAAGAGCACAUUGAUAGUAUACGAAUGCACAUUAACGACUAAAAGCUGCUCGUCAGCGGUCCUCUUCUCGCUGUGUGUCGUCCUGCGACAUUCAAGAACAACGAUGUCAUACAACUGUUGUACAACAGUCUGCUGUCUAACCGUCAGUGACUCGGUUCGGCUCCGUCCAGCUUCAAAUCGUCUCUCGUAGAUACAUAUCUUAGCUUAUGUUACAGGGUUCUUUUGUAUAAUUAACUUGUUGCCGGAGCAACGGUCAAUCGUUAAAAGUUUAACAAAGCAAUAAGUGUUUGGGUAUUUGUCUUCUCCUCUUUGAAGCUGUUGGAAUGGAGGGCAUUACUAUAUGCUGGCCUUGUCAACUGAAACGUGUGUUGGCUUAAUAAUGACACGAUGAGCCAACAUCUGUGUGUCCUCUCUGAAACAACCCCGAGUCUUCAGGCUUUUGUCAAUAAUAUUGCAUUGCCAUUAAUUAAAUGUAACAAAGAAUUUAUCACCUUUGUCAUCGUACUGUGCUGUAGAAACUGUAGUUGAUUGUUUGUAAGUAUAGAAACUGUUUAUGGAACCAUGAAUAUAAAAAGAAAGUAUAAAAAAAGAAGUGUAAAUGAACAAUGCUGUGUGUUGUCUUUGAUUUUUGUGUAUUUUGUAAAUGAGAAUGAAAUAUAAGUAAAUACAUCAAUGUUAAAUACUGGUUAUGAAUCAUAGUUAGCCUAAAUGUGACAACAUCAGUUCUGUUAAAAGGUGUGGGAGAUUUCUUUCUUAUAUUUUCUCUCAUUGUUGAUUUUUGAUUGGGUUUGCACUUUGCUGUGCAACGGACCCUUUGGAAUCACAAUGGAUAACAAAGAACCAUG